AUGGCUGACAGAAAUAACCAAUGGUUUGAGCACCUCAUUGAUGGUGAAACUGUAGAUUCUGUUAAUACGUUAUGCGAAAGAAUCAAUCAUUUCUUUGUAAAUCUCACAAAAGAUUUUACGCCUCUCUCACAGGACGAUGUUUCUAACUAUUCUGCUGGUGAUUCUGGUAUUGCGGAUGAUCUCUUGGCUUCAACUGGCGAAGUUUAUAAAUCCCUUUGUUCUUUAAAGACAGGGAAAGCCCCGGGACCGGAUGGAAUCCCGAAUGUAAUUCUAAAAACGUUUGCCUUUGAGUUAGCGCCAGUAAUCGCUGAUAUUUAUAACUCAUCCUUACGUAGCCUGCAUGGCAGGCGGUUCCUAAAAUUGGCCAAGCCUGGGAAAUACCUUACGUGAUGCAUAUUUGCCUCCUCUAUUAAAGACAGCAACUGUUACACCUCUUCCCAAACAAUCUCCACCGGGCUCCAUUGAAAAUGGUAUCAGACCCAUCUCACUCACUUGCGAAAUUGCUAAAGUGAUGGAAGGUCUCACCUUAGCGAGAAUCAUGCCAUCCAUUAUAAGUCACUGAAUAACAAACAAUUUGCUAUGGCUGGAAAAUUUCUGUCGUUUUCGCCAACCUUCCUCAAAAUCUUAGCGACGAUCUUGAAAGGGUCCAGAAACGAGCACUGGCCAUAAUAUACCCUAACUGUUCCUAUGAUGAUGCCCUAAAACUAGCUGGUAUCGAACCGCUUGUCUUACGGAGGGACGCCGCCUGUAAGAGAUUUGUGGAGACAAUCCUACCUGGAAACCCACUCUAUCCAAUUGUUCAUAGCCGGUCAGCACCAGUGAACCAUGGUUAUAAACUUAGAUCUGACAAUGUUGCGAGGAAUAUCAGGAUGCGAACAGACCGGUUUCAGAAAUUCGUCACCAUUAAGUAUGCGACCUGA